UACAGUCACGUACUAGGACCCAGCGGCUGCCAGCGGACACACAUUCCUGCGCACAUGUAAAAAGGGAACUCCUUAUUUCGCACAGGACAACCUGACGCGCGCUGACAGGACAGUGUCGGAUCUGGUGUUCUGGGGCUGCUGCUCUUCCGCUUCAGCUGCAUCCAGUCCGCUCUCCGGUGAGCCUCGAAUGUUUGGCACGACGAAGGGACAGCUUGCGCGGCGGUACCAGUGACAGGACACAUCCAGGUGUGCUGCGUGUCGCCAGGUGCGAUGAGUUUCAUCUCGGGUCUAAGACGCAGCCUGAAGGGGAAUGAUAGCAAACGGAACUCCUUGUCGGUGGGCAAAAGAAAGGACGGCUCUGUAUCUCCCUCCAGGCUGGCUGUCAUCAACUGCAAAGAGCUGGACCCCGUCAGCCCCGAUUUCAGGUUACAGCUGACAGACUCCGACGAUGAACUCCAGGAUCCUGCUCCUUCCUCAGAGUUGCAGAGGUCAUCCCUGGCCGCUGCUCUGGAAGACUGCAUGGGCGCCCUGGACCUGUUCCUGCAGAACCAGUUUGAGGAGUCUCUGACCCAGCUCCACAGCAGAAAGAGAGACAGCAUGUACCACGCCCUCACCUACGCCAGCAUCCGGGCCAUGCAAGCCAUGAUGGCCUUUGACCCUGCGGACAUCCUGACUGCUGGGAAUACCAUGAAGGACGCCCAGGCCGUUUGCCAGAGGUUUCGCAGAAAAUCCUCUCGCAUCAACAAGAGCUACACCGAAGAGGAACUCCACGCUGAGCUGUGCUAUGCCGAAUGUCUCCUGCAGAGGGCAGCACUAACCUUCCUCCAGGAUGAAAACAUGAUUAGCUUCCUCAAAGGAGGGAUUAAAGUGAGGAACAGCUACCAGAUCUACAGGGAGCUCCACGCCAUCCUCCAGAACGCUGCCAGCACCCCGGGGGAGAAUCACCGCCAUUUUGAGGGCGGCGUCAACUUAGGAGUGGGCUCCUUCAACCUGAUGCUGUCCCUGCUGCCAACCAAGAUUCUUCGGUUGCUGGAGUUUGUGGGGAUGUCAGGGAACAAGGAGUGUGGUCUGCAGCAGUUGGGGGAGGGGGCUGCCACGCCCACGUUCCGGGCCUUUCUGUGCAGCAUGCUGCUGCUCUGCUACCACACCUUCAUGAGCUUCAUCCUGGGCACGGGGGAGGGAGACGUGGGGGACGCAGAGAGGCUUCUGCAGCCUUACCUGGAAAAGUACCCGAAGGGGGCGAUCUUUUUGUUUUUUGCUGGGCGAAUUGAGGUGAUCAAAGGAAACCUGGAUGCUGCUAUUGGUCGGUUUGAGGAGUGCUGUGAGUCGCAGGAGCUGUGGAAGCAGUUCCAUCACAUGUGCUACUGGGAGCUGAUGUGGUGCUUCACCUACAAGCGGCGGUGGAAGAUGGCCUACUUCUACUCCGACCUCUUAAGCAAGGAGAACACCUGGUCUAAGGCUACCUACGCUUACAUGAAGGGGGCAUACCUGAGCAUGAUGACCUCAGAGGAACGCAAGGUGCUCGGGGAGACGGAGGUGGAGCUCUUCAGGCAGGUGCCGGGUCUGAAGCAGAAGAUAGCGGGAAAGUCCCUGCCCACGGAGAAGUUCGCCAUCCGGAAGGCCCGCCGUUACCUUGCCGACAACCACAUGCCCCUUCCAGUCCCGCCAUUGGAGAUGAUGUACAUCUGGAACGGAUACACGGUGAUCGCGAAAAACAGGGAACUGACCGAAGGGAUGCUGCAGACCCUGGACGAGGCCCAGAAACAGCUAGAGCAGCAGCCAAAGACGGAGGUCUCCAUAGAUGACCAGUGCCUGCUGAGCCUGCUGAGGGGCCUGUGUCUGAAGCACCUGGGCCACACCCAGGAGGCCGAGCAGUACUUCACCCUGGUGCUCUGCAACGAGGCAGAGAUCAAGUACGACCACUACCUGGUGCCCACGGCCCUGCUGGAGCACGGGCUGCUGUGCCUGGAGAACGGGCGCAAGGCGGAGGCCAUCGCACUGCUGGAGACCGCCAGGCAGAACUAUAAGAGCUACUCCAUGGAGUCUCGGACGCACUUCCGAAUCCAGGCUGCCCUGCAGAAGGCGCGGUCCAUGGAGGAGAACGGCGUUCCCAGCGGCGUUCCCAGCGACGUUCCCAGUGCGGUGCCCAGCGACGUUCCCAGUGCGGUGCCCAGCGGCAUUCCCAGUGCAGAGCCCAGCGGCAUUCCCAGUGCAGAGCCCAGCGGCAUUCCCAGUGCAGAGCCCGCCAGCCCGUGACGGAGAGGGGGGGUGGGGGGGAGGACUGACCUGGUGGUCUCCAGCACAGUCACAGACCAGCUCACAGACACAGAAAACAAACACCCACACAGACCAAAUCAACCCCAUGCUGAGACACAUACACUGCUCACACAUACAGAGACAUACAUUUCUACAUGUUACAUACAUUUAUACAUGUUAUGUACUCUUUUUCAUAUGGACCCCGAAAGAGAGGCUUCAUCCUCUCAAUGCUCAGAACCUGCUGUUGUUCUCCACAAUCCCCACAAUCCCCCACAAUCCCCCAGUCCUUCAACGGGCCUGCAUGCAGCCGGCUGGAUACCGCUGCUCUGGGCCGUCCUCCGGUCUACACGCUUACGAUUCCAAUGAGACUACCUAUGCACCGUAAAAAAAAGACUACGUGCACCAGCGGGAUUAACGUAUGCAUUUAUAUAUAUAUAUAUAUAUAUAUAUAUAUAUUGUAUAAUUUAUAAUCUUCUGAAGUCAGUACCCCCCCUUUAUAAAAGGUGGAUUAAGUUUGCUCAACGGGAUGAGCGAUAAAUGAUUUUACACUGGGUGAAAAAAAUAAAAAUAAAUACCUGCAGCUGUGUGCUGCUUUACCCGGUCUAUCUCAUUUACUAAGCUCCGCUCCCCUCGUUAAAAUACCAGGAGAAACCUCGUUUAUGCGAGCCGAAUGAUUGCGGUUCGUUAAGGGAAAUGCGGGUUCUUGAUUGUGGAGGCGGAGGUUGUACUUGUAUUAGCAGCGCGAGCGGUUUCCGGGCUCACUGAAAACCGUUACUCGCUUUCUCUGUUGUUCAGAAUGUAUUUUCUCUUGGUUUAGUUUAAAAACCUUACGUGUAAAUUGGGUUAAGUGCAGUUGAACUGCCGUUGAUUGUUUCUGAAGGGUGGAGGAAAUUGUUUAGGAAAUUGUACAGAUUACUUACGUUUGGUUUUUACUCUGAACGGUGAUUCUGAAUGCGUUUUUUGUUGUUGUUGUUGUUCAACAAUCAAACAGAUGAGAAUAAAUAAGCAUAACAUAUCACAACAUGCCUUUGAAUAGACAAUGAAACAGGAAUAUUAAAUGUGUGCAUGCUUUACAUUUGACGCCAUUUUAGCAUUCUUGUAAAUAGGCCUGUAUAUUUUUUAAUGAAAUACCAAACGUCUCCCUGGCCCGUCUAAUAAAGCUGCUGAGUGGUGAAGUAUGGCUUCUUGGAAUGCCAAUCGCACAACUGACGUGGUCAGACUAUU